GUGGGCAAAUAAUAAUUGUAUUAUUUAUAAUAUAUUGUAUUUUGGCGGAGUGGAAGUGGAUAAUACCAGAGCAGUCAGCAUGGGCGAUGUGGACAAGUGGAUAGAGAUAGUGAAGGAGUGCAAGUACCUGCCGGAGAACGAGCUGAAGAAGCUGUGCGAGAUGGUGUGCGACAUCCUGCUGGAGGAGACGAACAUCCUGCCCGUGAGCACGCCCGUCACCGUUUGCGGCGACAUCCACGGCCAGUUCUACGACCUGGAGCAGCUGUUCCGGACGGGCGGCCAGGUGCCGGACACCAACUACAUAUUCAUGGGCGACUUCGUGGAUCGGGGCUACUACUCGCUGGAGACCUUCACCCGGCUGCUGACCCUGAAGGCCCGCUAUCCGAGCAGGAUCACCCUGCUGCGGGGCAACCACGAGACGCGUCAGAUCACUAAGGUGUACGGCUUCUUCGACGAGUGCUUCAGCAAGUACGGGAAUGCCAACGGCUGGAAGUACUGCUGCAAGGUCUUCGACCUGCUCACCAUCGCUGCCAUCAUCGACGAGGAGGUUCUGUGCGUGCACGGCGGCCUGAGCCCGGAGAUCAUCACGCUGGACCAGAUCCGGACGAUCGAGCGCAAUGGCGAGAUACCGUACAAGGGGGCCUUUUGCGAUCUGGUGUGGUCCGAUCCCGAGGACAUGGAGUACUGGGGCCAGAGUCCGCGCGGCGCCGGCUGGCUCUUUGGGCACAAUGUCACCAAGGACUUCAUGGCGAUCAACAACCUGGAUCUGAUCUGCCGGGCACAUCAGCUGGUCAACGAGGGCAUCAAGUACAUGUUCGAGGGCAAACUGGUGACCGUGUGGUCGGCCCCGAACUAUUGCUAUCGAUGCGGGAACGUGGCCGCCAUCCUGAGCUUCGAAACGGCGCAACAGAGGCAGACGAAGAUCUUUCUGGCGGUGCCGGAUGCCGAACGGGUGAUACCCAAGCAGAACACAACGCCCUACUUCCUCUAAUCUAAAGAACAACGAUGUUAAAUGCCCCGUGUGAUACGUACGAUACCAUACUAUACCGAUCCAAUACGAUCCGCCCAUUGUUUGGGCAUCGUGGCAAUCAAUCAUCUACGCUUGUGGACUCAGCGGAGAGCAGCCUUCGACUGGUCCAUUUGUCUACCCUUAAACGCCUUCAACUCGGAACAUACACCAAACUAAACUAAACAAAACACUCAGAACCGAUAAACACACACCCUUUCGUAUGGCAAAACACAUAUCUGUUUAAUAAGAUCAACGUUUAACCUUUUUUUUAUUUGUUUUCAGCAACUCAAAGCUCACCAAAA